AUGGGGUUGUCGAUUUGGCCUGGUCUCUACUUUAACGAUAUCUCAUACCUCUCCAUUGGAAGCCUGGUGUAUGGCUUGGCGAUUGUAGCGGCUGCUUUUCAUAGUGAAAGCUCAACAAAACCCACACCCUACUCAAAGUUUGGUAAUGGUCCAAAAGCUUCUCUCGACAGCAAAGUGGCCAUGUACAUCAUCUAUCUCCCAGCUCUUGUCUCAGCACUUUACAUGAGAGAAGAAGUUGUUAAUAGUGUUAUUUCACGAUACACAUUGGUCGAAUCAUUUUACUUUAUUCACUUUGCCAAACGAUUGAUGGAAGUGAGCUAUGUGCAUAUCUAUACAUCCAAGACCGAUGUUGGCACCAUGCUUACUAUUUCAAGCACCUAUUUCUUGACGACGACAUUGACUUUGUUGAAUUUACGACGUGUUCCCGAAAGCGUGUUUGGAUCGGGAUGGCUUGCACUGGGCAUGGUAUGCACUAUUGUCGGCGAACUUGUCAAUGGAUACCAUCAUUGGCUAUUGCGUAAACUUCGACUUGCAGGUGGUAAUACCGCUAUUGUCAACAAGAAGUUGGACGACCAGAGAAAAUACACCUUGCCCUCGGGUGGACUUUUCGAGUAUUGUAUCGCCCCACAUUAUGCUGCAGAGCAGUUGUCAUACAUCGGUAUCAUGCUCAUGUGCCAAAACGUGGCUGGCAUCGUGCUCAACCUUUUCCCAAUGGUUUAUCUCACUCUCCGCUCCGCUCGAACCCACGAAUGGUACGCUUCCAAGCUCUCGAGUCAAUACGAACGAUCAUUGCUACAACACCGCAAACGUCUCAUUCCGGGUGUUUGGUAA